AUGAACAGCCGGCUGCAGGAGAUCAGGGAGCGGCAGAAGCUCCGGCGGCAGCUCUUGGCGCAGCAGUUAGGAGCUGAAAACGCAGACAGUAUCGGUGCCGUGCUGAACAGUAAAGAUGACCAGCGGGAGAUCGCUGAAACGAGAGAAACGUGUAGGGCUGCUUAUGAUACUUCUGCACCAAAUGCAAAACGCAAAUACCCAGAUGAGGGAGAAGCUGAUGAGGAAGAGAUUGAAGAAUAUAAGGAUGAAGUAGAGCUGCAGCAAGAUGAAGAGAACCUGCCCUAUGAAGAAGAGAUUUACAAAGAUUCCAGUACCUUUCUUAAGGGUACUCAGAGCUUAAAUCCACACAACGAUUACUGCCAACACUUUGUGGAUACAGGACACAGACCCCAAAACUUCAUCAGAGAUGUUGGCUUAGCAGAUAGGUUUGAAGAAUAUCCAAAACUUAGAGAGCUCAUCAGAUUGAAGGAUGAGCUGAUAUCUAAAUCUAACACUCCUCCCAUGUACUUACAAGCAGACUUGGAAGCUUUUGAUAUUAGGGAACUGAAGUCCAAAUUUGAUGUGAUUCUCCUGGAACCACCACUGGAAGAAUACUACCGAGAGACUGGCAUUACUGCCAAUGAAAAAUGCUGGACCUGGGAUGAUAUCAUGAAAUUGGAAAUUGAAGAAAUUGCAGCCCCAAGGUCAUUUGUGUUUCUGUGGUGUGGUUCAGGCGAGGGUCUGGAUCUUGGCCGAGUGUGUCUACGCAAAUGGGGUUACAGAAGAUGCGAGGACAUUUGUUGGAUUAAAACGAAUAAGAACAAUCCUGGAAAGACCAAGACUCUAGACCCUAAGGCUGUUUUCCAGAGAACCAAGGAGCACUGCCUCAUGGGCAUUAAAGGAACUGUGCGUCGCAGUACAGAUGGUGACUUCAUCCAUGCUAACGUUGAUAUUGACCUAAUCAUCACAGAAGAGCCUGAAAUUGGCAACAUAGAAAAACCCGUAGAGAUUUUUCACAUCAUUGAGCAUUUCUGCCUUGGACGACGACGUCUUCAUCUUUUUGGAAGGGACAGUACAAUUCGACCAGGUUGGCUGACUGUAGGACCCACCCUCACAAACAGCAAUUUCAAUGCAGAAACGUACUCUUCAUACUUCACAGCUCCAAAUUCCCACCUAACCGGCUGUACCGAAGAGAUUGAGAGACUUCGGCCCAAGUCACCACCACCCAAGUCCAAGUCUGACCGGGGAGGUGGUGCUCCAAGGGGAGGAGGAAGAGGAGGGACUUCGGCAGGCCGAGGAGAAAGGGGCAGAGAGAGGAACAGAACUAACUUCCGGGGCGAGAGGGGUGGCUUCAGAGGGGGACGUGGAGGUACCCAUAGAGGAGGCUUCCCCACCCGCUGAUGACUGUUAGGUAAUUGCUUCUUCCCCCGGUCCUAUGCCUCAUCUCUGAAUCUUUUUCUUAGUCUUGUUUUUGCUAAAGUGGAUUAUUCUGGGGACUCAAGCUAGAUGACUUCUAAAAUUGUUUUUGGUGCAAGCAGUUACAGAUAGUCUGCCUUCCAGUGACCGGCCUGGCGCAUCACCUCACCUGGCAGGCAGGGUCCUGCACCUGCCAGCACUAACCUCAGCCUCCUGACAGCUUCCAUUUGUCAAAGCCGAGAGCACCAUCUCUUCAGACCACGGAUAGGAUUGAAGUAAAGAUACUUGCUCUUUCCUUAUGAAACUUGCAAGUUGUGGGCUUUAUUAACUGUCAGUUGCUCCAAAACACAGAUUCCUCUUCCUUCUUUGGAGGUUCAGGUUUGGGCUGACUUGGAUUACUGUGAUGGAGUGGGCAUGAAAUGCAGUUCUGAAUUGCAUGGCCAUAGCAGACUGACUCUCUUAUUCAUGGAAGAAGACGUGCUGUGUCUAUAUUGACACCUCUUUUAACUUCUCUGAAACCAAGGAGCGAAUUGAAUAAAUAGAAUUCUAUUUUUUCUUAUUUGGUUUAAAUUUCCCAAGUUAUUCCUGGGAUUAGGGAACAAGUUUAUUUUUCACUUGUGGUGUAUAUGCACUCGCUUUUGGUGUCUGUAGUGGGGCGAGUGGUAAUUCUGUGCAGUCAUGUGUUGUGCUUCACGGAAAGCAAGAAGUUGUGUGUUUAUAUGCAGUCCAGAACUUCUACGUAGGUCUGGAUUGCUUCUUGAGUAGGGAUUUUCACCCAGCGUCUGUUCAUAAUAGCCUUGGUCUUUGGUAGAGAAAACCAGUUUUAUUGCAGAGCAAUUGCAAUGUAAGUAGUAGAAAGACCUCGUUGGAGGUCGUAUUGGAAAUGGGAGGCGAUGUGAAAGCGAUUGCUUCCUGAAAAUAAUCACUUGGGUAAUGAGGGCACAGUAAUCGAACUGAGGGUUUUGCUUUGCCUGUGGACGUUACGCGCAUUGGAAGUAGACUGUUGGUGAUCAGCUCCAGAGUACAGUGUGAAACGAAAGCGAUUCACUUUGGUGUGUACAAAAUUUGUUUUUAGCAAAACCACAACUCUGAACUUCUUGGUCAGUACUUGGUAGACUGAACAAACCUGGCUGUUGAAGUCUCAAAAUCUUAGGUGUUGGAAAAUCGGCUUUUAAGUCUCAUAAUGUUUCUCUGUUGAAGCCUAGCUUUUAAAUAACUGUCCUGUAAAGCAGUGGAUUAUUAAACUUGUUUAUCAA